AUCCGCCCACCUGGCCCCCAUAGCCCACUCUUCUCAGGCCCUUGGCCAUCCCGCGCCGGGUCGGAAUUCACCUGCACUAAACAGCUAGGGCAACCGCCCUCCCGGCUGCAGCCUGCCUCCCGCGGCCCCCGGCUCCCUCGCCCGCCCCCCGCGCCACCCCGGCGCCCCGCCCCGGGCGGGGAGAGUCGGGGCGAGGGGAGGGCCUGCCAGGUGAGGCGCGGUCACCCUGGGCCUCUCACUUCCGCCCAGGUGAGGUACGGCCGACACCGAGCCGGCUGGGUCGGGGCUCCCACCUGCUCCUCCGGCACACCAGAUGGAGCCUAACCCUGUUGCCCAGGCUGAAGUGCAGUGCCGCGAUCUCCACCCACUGCAAACUUCACCUUCCCGGGUUCAAGCAGUUCUUCUGGCUCAGCCUCACGACUAUAGGUAUCUUUAAGAGUGAUUGAAGAGAAUAAUUCAAAAUGCCUGAAAAUCCUGCUACAGAUAAACUGCAGGUCCUGCAGGUCCUUGAUCGUCUGAAAAUGAAAUUGCAGGAGAAGGGUGACACGUCGCAGAAUGAGAAGUUAUCUGUGUUUUAUGAGACACUAAAGAGUCCUCUCUUCAACCAGAUACUCACACUUCAGCAGUCCAUCAAGCAACUGAAGGGGCAACUCAACCAUAUACCCUCAGAUUGUUCAGCCAACUUUGAUUUUUCUAGGAAAGGUUUGUUAGUGUUCACGGAUAGCUCCAUUACCAAUGGAAAUGCCCACAGACCCGCUAGUAACUCGACUGUAUCUGGGCUAUUUCCCUGGACCCCAAAGUUGGAAAAUGAAGACUUUAACUCAGUCAUUCAGCAGCUGGCUCAGGGGCGGCAAAUUGAAUAUAUAGAUAUAGAGCGACCUUCAACUGGAGGUCUUGGAUUCAGUGUGGUGGCCCUCAGAAGUCAAAAUCAGGGAAAAGUUGAUAUCUUUGUGAAGGAUGUCCAGCCAGGGGGCGUAGCAGACAGGGAUCAAAGAUUAAAGGAAAAUGAUCAAAUAUUGGCCAUUAAUCACACGCCAUUGGAUCAGAACAUUUCCCAUCAGCAAGCCAUUGCAUUAUUACAACACCCCACCGGAUCUUUGCACCUGAUUGUGGCCAGGGAGCCAGUCCACACAAAAAGCGGCACUUCUAGCAGCCUGACUGAUACUACUCUGCCUGAAACAGUUUGUUGGGGCCAUGUUGAAGAGGUUGAGCUCAUUAAUGAUGGCUCUGGACUAGGUUUUGGAAUAGUUGGAGGAAAAACAAGUGGCGUGGUUGUGAGGACUAUAGUUCCUGGAGGAUUAGCAGAUCGGGAUGGAAGACUGCAGACAGGGGACCACAUCUUGAAGAUUGGUGGCACAAAUGUGCAGGGAAUGACCAGUGAGCAAGUUGCACAGGUUCUAAGGAACUGUGGGAAUUCAGUCAGGAUGCUUGUUGCUAGAGACCCAACUGGUGAAGUUUCAGUAACCCCUCCUGCCCCUGCAGCAUUGCCUGUCGCCCUGCCCACUGUAGCCAGCGAUUCUGACACUUCUCUUUUUGAAACUUACAAUGUUGAGCUUGUUAAAAAAGAUGGGCAGAGUCUUGGAAUUAGAAUUGUUGGCUAUGUUGGAACAUCUCAUACAGAGUCUCACUCUAUUGCCCAGGCUGGAGUGCAGUGGCGCAAUGUUGGCUCAUGGCAACCUUCAACUCCCAGGUUCAAGAGAUUCUCCUACCCCAGCCUCCAAUUAGCUGGGACUACAGGGGAAGCUCCAGGGAUUUAUGUGAAAAGUAUAAUACCUGGCAGUGCUGCAUACCACAAUGGACACGUCCAAGUGAAUGACAAAAUAGUUGCUGUCGACGGUGUGAACAUUCAGGGUUUUGCCAACCAUGAUGUUGUUGAAGUAUUACGAAAUGCAGGGCAGGUGGUACACCUCACCCUAGUUCGAAGGAAGACAUCCUCAUCUACUUCUCCACCUGAACCACCUUCAGACAGAGGAACUGUUGUAGAACCACCAAAACCACCAGCUGUCUUUCUAACUGGAGCAGUGGAAACUGAAACUAAUUUGGAUGGUGAAGAUGAGGAAAUUAAAGAAAGAACGGAUCAUUUAAGCAACGACAACAUACAAGCCUUAGAAAAAUUGGAAAAAGUCCCAGCCUCUCUAGAAAAUGAGCUGAAAUCCAGAUGGGAAAACCUAUUGGGUCCUGAUUAUGAAGUAAUGGUUGCUACUUUGGACACACAGAUUGCAGAUGAUGCUGAGUUACAGAAAUAUUCAAAGCUGCUGCCUAUUCACACUCUGAGGCUUGGUGUGGAAGUGGACUCCUUUGAUGGGCACCAUUAUAUUUCUUCAAUUGUUCCUGGUGGUCCUGUUGAUACAUUGGGUCUCCUACAGCCAGAAGAUGAGCUGCUUGAGGUCAAUGGCAUGCAGCUGUAUGGAAAAUCUCGCCGAGAAGCAGUCUCCUUUCUUAAAGAAGUGCCACCCCCUUUUACUUUGGUUUGCUGUCGGAGGUUGUUUGAUGAUGAGGCUUCUGUAGAUGAACCAAGACCCACUGAAACCUCUCUUUCUGAGACAGAGGUUGACCACAAUGUGGAUAUCAAUACUGAAGAAGAUGAUGACGGAGAAUUAGCACUGUGGUCUCCUGAAGUCAAGAUCGUUGAACUAGUAAAAGAUCGUAAAGGUUUGGGAUUCAGCAUUUUGGAUUACCAGGACCCUUUAGAUUCCACAAGAUCAGUGAUCGUGAUCCGCUCCCUGGUAGCAGGUGGCGUAGCAGAAAGAAGUGGAGGACUACUACCUGGAGACCGCCUGGUCUCAGUCAAUGAAUACUGUUUGGACAACACCUCACUUGCUGAAGCUGUGGAAGUACUGAAAGCUGUGCCACCAGGCAUAGUACGCCUUGGCAUCUGUAAGCCUUUGGUGGAAGAUAAUAAAGAAGAAGAAAGUUGUUAUAUUUUACAUUCAAGCAGUAAUGAAGACAAGACUGAAUUUUCAGGAACAAUUCAUGAUAUAAAUUCAUCUUUAAUACUUGAAGCACCCAAGGGAUUUAGAGAUGAACCAUAUUUUAAGGAAGAACUUGUGGAUGAACCAUUUCUAGAUCUGGGAGAGUCUUUCCAUUCCCAACAAAAAGAGAUAGACCACAGCCAGGAGGCCUGGGAGAUGCAUGAAUUUCUGACUCCUAGACUGCACGAAAUGGUUGAAGAAAGAGAAAUGCUUGUUGAUGACGAAUAUGAGUUCUAUCAAGGUCACUCUCAGUCCAUGGAGUUGUAUCCCUUGUCGCACAUUCAGGAGGCCACUCCUGUGCCCUCCAUUAAGGAACUUCACUUUGGUACACAGUGGUUGCAUGAUAAUGAACCAUCUGAAUCUCAAGAGGCAAGAGCCGUGAGGAGUAUCUAUUCCCAGGAAGCACAGCAGUAUGGCUAUUGCACUGAAAACAUGAUAAAAGAAAAUUUUGUCAUGGAGUCCCUACCAUCUGUACCAUCAACUGAAGGAAACAGUCAGCAAGGCAGAUUUGAUGACCUGGAAAAUUUUAAUUCAUUAGCAAAAAGUAGUCUGGAUUUAGGCAUGAUCCCGAAUGAUGGUCCUAGCUUGCUCAUUGACCUUCCUGCUGUGGCUGAAAGUAGGGAGCAAGAAGAGUUGCCUUUAUGUCAACACCAAGCAACACAAGUUAUUUCCAAGGCCUCAGCAUACACAGGAGUGUUGUCUUCUAGAUAUGCCACUGAUACAUGUGAAUUACCUGAGAGAGAAGAAGGUGAAGGAGAAGAAACUCCCAAUUUUAGCCACUGGGGUCCACCAAGAAUUGUUGAGAUUUUUAGAGAACCCAAUGUGUCCCUUGGGAUCAGUAUUGUUGGUGGACAAACUGUUAUAAAACGUCUAAAGAAUGGAGAGGAACUUAAAGGUAUAUUUAUCAAGCAAGUUUUAGAAGACAGUCCAGCAGGGAAGACAAACGCACUUAAAACUGGAGAUAAAAUACUUGAGGUGUCUGGAGUAGAUUUGCAGAAUGCCUCACACAGUGAAGCAGUCGAGGCCAUUAAGAAUGCAGGAAACCCUGUGGUGUUCGUUGUUCAGAGCUUGUCAUCCACUCCACGAGUCAUUCCUACUGUACAUAACAAGGCCAACAAAAUCACCAGUAACCAGAACCAGGACACCCAAGAAAAGAAAGAAAAGAGGCAAGGAACUGCUCCACCUCCAAUGAAACUGCCUCCUCCUUAUAAAGCUCUACCUGAUGACAGUGAUGAAAAUGAAGACGCCUUUACCGACCAAAAAAUCAGACAAAGAUAUGCAGAUCUACCUGGAGAACUGCACAUUAUUGAACUUGAAAAGGAUAAGAAUGGACUUGGACUCAGCCUUGCUGGCAAUAAAGACAGAUCACGCAUGAGCAUAUUUGUGGUGGGAAUUAACCCAGGAGGACCUGCUGCAGCAGAUGGGCGAAUGCAUGUUGGAGAUGAGCUCUUAGAGAUAAACAAUCAGAUUCUGUAUGGAAGAAGUCACCAAAAUGCAUCUGCCAUUAUUAAGACUGCCCCAUCAAAGGUCAAGCUGGUUUUCAUCAGAAAUGAGGACGCAGUCAAUCAAAUGGCCGUGACACCUUUUCCAGUGCCAUCAGGUUCUCCAUCUUCUAUUGAGGAUCAGAGCGGCACCGAACCUAUUAGUAGUGAGGAAGAUGGCAGCUUCGAAGUUGGUAUUAAACAAUUGCCUGAAAGUGAAAGCUUCAAACUGAUGAGGGACCAGAAGUUAACGUGCAUGCCCGAAGACUCAGAGCCUGAAGACAUGUCCCAGGUGAUUGGUCAAGGAAUGGUGGCAGAUCAGCAGAAGGCACUGGAAUACCCACCUGACAAUGUAUAUAACUUGUACUUUAGGUUUUACUCUACUAGGGUAUUGUGCAUUCCAAAAGAAAAGGAGGCUGUCAGCCAGAUGAAACAGCAAAAAUAUCCAACGAAAGUCUCCUUCAGUUCACAAGAGAUACCAUUAGCACCAACUUCAUCAUACAAUUCAACAGAUGCAGACUUCACAGGCUAUGGUGGUCUCCAGGCUCCUCUGUCAGUGGAUCCGGCAACAUGUCCCAUUGUCCCUGGACAGGAAAUGAUUAUAGAAAUAUCCAAGGGACGUUCAGGGCUUGGUCUCAGCAUCGUGGGAGGAAAAGACACACCAUUGAAUGCUAUAGUUAUCCAUGAAGUAUAUGAAGAAGGGGCAGCAGCGAGAGAUGGAAGACUUUGGGCUGGUGACCAGAUAUUAGAGGUUAAUGGGGUUGACCUGAGGAACUCCAGCCACGAAGAAGCCAUCACAGCCCUGAGGCAGACCCCCCAGAAGGUGCGGCUGGUGGUGUAUAGAGAUGAGGCACACUACCGGGAUGAGGAGAACUUGGAGGUUUUCCCUGUGGAUCUGCAGAAGAAAGCUGGCCGCGGCCUGGGCCUAAGCAUCGCUGGGAAACGAAAUGGAAGCGGAGUGUUUAUUUCUGACAUCGUGAAAGGCGGAGCUGCAGACUUGGAUGGGAGAUUGAUUCAGGGAGAUCAGAUCUUAUCUGUGAAUGGAGAGGACAUGAGAAAUGCCUCACAGGAGACAGUGGCCACCAUCCUAAAGUGUGCACAGGGGCUUGUGCAGCUAGAGAUUGGAAGACUCCGAGCUGGUUCCUGGACCUCUGCAAGGAAGACAUCACAGAACAGUCAGGGCAGUCAGCAGAGCUCACACAGCAGCUGUCGUCCCUCCUUCGCUCCUGUCAUCGCUGGCCUGCAAAACCUGGUUGGCACGAAAAGAGUUUCAGAUCCUUCCCAGAAAAAUGCAGGCACAGAUAUGGAACCCAGGACUGUCGAGAUAAACAGAGAGCUCAGUGAUGCCCUUGGAAUCAGUAUUGCUGGAGGAAGAGGAAGUCCGUUAGGAGAUAUCCCUAUAUUUAUUGCCAUGAUUCAGGCCAGCGGAGUGGCUGCACGGACACAGAAGCUUAAAGUUGGAGAUCGGAUUGUCAGCAUUAACGGGCAACCUUUGGAUGGGCUGUCUCACGCGGAUGUGGUUAAUCUGCUGAAGAACGCCUACGGGCGCAUUAUCCUGCAGGUUGUAGCAGAUACCAAUAUAAGUGCCAUAGCAGCUCAGCUUGAAAACAUGUCUACAAGCUACCACCUUGGUUCACCCACUGCUGAACACCAUUCAGAACACACAGAAACACCUCCACCUAAGAUUAUUACUUUGGAGAAAGGCUCUGAAGGAUUGGGGUUUAGUAUUGUAGGGGGUUAUGGAAGUCCCCAUGGAGACCUGCCAAUUUAUGUCAAGACUAUAUUUGCAAAGGGAGCAGCUGCAGAUGACGGCCGAUUAAAACGAGGGGAUCAGAUUUUAGCUGUUAAUGGUGAGACCCUGGAAGGUGUCACUCAUGAGCAAGCAGUCGCCAUUCUAAAACACCAGAGAGGGACUGUAACCUUAACUGUGCUGUCGUGAGCCUUGGCCUAAUCACAAGAUAGAUGUUGUUUAGAAUAUCCACAGGCAGAUGAAGUUCUGAGUGGGUAUGAAAAGCAUCCUCAACUAAAUGCACCUUCAAUCCUAUUUCUUGUCCUCUCUGCUCAGAGAAAUGGCUAGGUUUCAUGUGAAUUUCCCAAGUCAACAGUCAUCUCCUAAUGUUUCCCAGUUUUUGUCACCAGUUGGUGAGGUUGAUUUCUAAAACUUAAAUCAUUUUUUUUUACAUUUAAUUUCAGCGUUCUGAUUUGUUUUGCAUUUAAUUUCAUGGUUCUGAUUUUAACCAACUGGUUAUGAUUAUAUUUGCCAAAACUGGAGUUAACUUCUCUUUCCUUAUACCCUUCUUUCCCUAUCCCGUACUCAUACCAAGGCUUAACAACCUCAGAUCUCAUCCAAUGAACAGAAGCAAAUGUUAAGCAACUUGUCAUCUCAUUCAUGAUUUAUUUAUGAUAAUUGUCUCUUCAAGUAAGCAAGAAAACACUAGCAGUGUAAUUAAUUUACCAGCGAUAGCGCUGGAAGCAGUGGCUUACGCCUGCAAUCCCAGCACUUUAGGAGGCCAAGGUGGGCAGAUCACAAGGUCAGGAGAUCCAGUCCAUCCUGGCCAAUGUGGUAAAACCCUGUCUCUACUAAAAUACAAAAAAUUAGCCAGGCAUGGUGGUGCACACUUGUAGUCCCAGCUACUUGGGAGGCUGAGGCAAGGGAAUCACUUGAACCUGGGAGUCAGAGGUUGCAGUGAGCCAAGAUCAUGCCACUGCACUCCAGCCUGGCAACAGAAUGAGACUCCGUCUCAAAAAAAAAAAAAAAAAAAAAAAUUUUACCAGUUAUCCCCAAGAUGAAAUACUAAAUUCUCCUAUGGGAAAUUACUGUGCUCUCUUCUGUAUGACUUAUAGUCAAAUAAGUCUCAAAUUCAUUUCUCUGCAUAGAUCUUUAUAUGCUAGUCAUUGGUGAUUUUGAUGAGUCAAUUUACAGACUGGAAUCUUCAAAAAAUUCUAAAAGGCUAAUUGUUUCCUGUGCCACAUAAAUGCAUACCACUGAGCAAAUGAACCUUAUGCUCAACAGGAACAGCUAGCAUCCGUGUUCUGAAUUCUAACAAUGCUAAAUUAAAUUCAAGUCCAAGAAGAUCAUCUGGAAUUAAUGGGAUCUCAGUAGGCAGGCAUCAUUCCCACCCCUUGGUCUUAAGAAAAGGAGAUAGAAACUCCAGAGCCACACUACAGAGAUCAGCUUUUGUCUCAAGUCAGACAAGGUCUGGUGGCCUUGGCCUUGUGCAAAGUAGGGUGACACAUUUGAUUAUCUUUUUCUUUGCCUCCAUAGCAGUCAGUCCAGCAGCACAGACUGCAGGAACCUAAAUGGAGCAGCAUACUUAGCUGUUAAGUGAGCAAAUGAAUUGAGCCUAGGAAUCUGUGAUGAAAAUGCAUGGCUGAUGUUUCCUGAUCUCCAGGGAGACUCCCAUCUGCUGAAGUUUUGCAUGCAAAGAAAGCAGUUACAGCAGAAAAUACAAGAAUAACUUUAUAUUGAUUAUUGACAAGCUUAUUCAUAUAUUAGCAGGAAAAAUGGAGAGAUGAUUAUUGGUGGAUGCUAUAGAGUCCGCUGUUUUUAAAAGUACCAUGUCUGAGCCAGGCGUAGUGGCUCAUGCCUGUAAUCCCAGCACUUUGGGAGGCUGAGGCAGGCAGGUCACCUGAGGUCAGGAGUUCGUGACCAGCCUGGCCAACAUGGCAAAACCCCGUCUCUACUAAAACUACAAAAAUUAGCCAGCCACAGUGGCAGGCGCCUGUCAUCCCAGCUACUCAGGAGGUUGGGGCAGAAUUACUUGAACCCGGGAGCUGAGAUCGCAUCACUGCACCCUGGCCUGGGUGACAGAGCAAGACUCCGUCUUGGGGGAAAAAAUUAACAUGAAGGAUAAGUAUUAGAGUCACUAAUAGAAGUAGUUCAGCAUUAUUUAACCACAACACAAUGCUGCAAAUAUUUCACAGUAAUUAUCAAAAUUUAAUGGGCUCUAAUUUAAAAUGUUAUUUAAUAAGUAUAGAUUUUAAUUGAAAAUUAUCUUUGAAUAGAUGUAAUCACAAAGUGCAUUAACUCUUGUUGGAAUAUUUUAUGGCUAUUCCAAAGUAUAGAGUGCCUAAAUUUUGCGUUGAAAAUGUCUUUCGUGACGGUAUUAAGUUUUCUGAAAUUAUACAUGGCUUUUAAAAUUUCUAAUGUAUCCAAGAUGUGCAGUGUUGUUAGGAUCUCAUUUUUCACUGCAUGAAAAGCUUCCCACCUCAGAACAUUCUGUGUUAAUUGUACCUGCAAGAACACCUCAGGCAAGCCAAGAAGAAAUGAAACCCAAAUGAAACUUGAAAAUGCACCUUAAAAAUAUAUACGCAUAUGGUAGUUUUGAAAUAGGAUUCUGCUUUGUUUUGACAGAAUGCCCAUUAAAUACACAUUUUGAGAUAA